GUGAAAAGACCAAAUUGCCCUUCACCUCCCCCAUCCCAUUCCCAUGCACUUAACAUAAGCAAAUAACAGCCCAACCCUCACUUUCUCAUUAACUCUCUCUCUCUCUCUCUUCAAAACUCAAUCCUCUUCGAUUUCAGAGCUUCUCCGGCCUGAACAUGGCGCCUUCCGCCGCCAUUCCGCUGUCCCUUUCGUUUCUCUUCCUCUUCCUUCACCUCGCCAACUCCCAACCCGUCUCGCCGGUCGAUCCGCAAGAUCCCAAUUCCGAAAUAAAAUGUGGAUCAUGCCCUUGUUCCAACCCAUGUGUUAAACAAUUCCCUCCUCCACCGCCACCGCCGCCGCCGAAUUGCAAGCCAGCGCUGCCGCCGCCACCACCGCCUCCCAGGUUUAUUUAUACAUCGCUGUCUCCACCACCACCUCCAAGGUUUAUUUACACAACAGGUGUACCCGGUAACCUGUAUCAGAUCGAUGCCAAUAAUCGUUGGUAUUACUUCUCCGGCACAACCAGGAACUGGUCAGCCACGGCGGCACUCGUGGUGGCGCUUGGCUGUGGAGCUUUGAAUCUCAUGGCGUUUGGUAAGUGGUAAAGGAUAAAAAAAAAAAAAAAAACGAAAUUAAUGUAUUAAAUUCCGUCUUAAUUAAAAGAAUUAUUCUCCCAACUAUAAACAGUAAUGUAUUUACCCUUUUCCUAAAUUUAAUUUAAUAUUCUGUCAA